GCGGGCGCCUCCGUCCAUCCCUGAGGCGGGACCAGCGCUGAGGGCGCGGGACGCGGAGGCGGCCGAGGAUCUUUAGAAGGCGGCUGGAGGCCGGGCAGUGAGGUUUGAUGAGUCAGACUGGGCUGUUGGGAGCUGCUGUUGAAGAUGUACAUGUUGGUUGAAAAACGCACAAAUUCCCAUCUGCACCUGAAGAGGUCACCUGGCAUCCGCUCCUGGUCUCUCUGUGUUGGAAUAGCCUCCAUAGGUUUGGCUGCUGCUUAUUAUAGUGCAGACAGCUUGGCAUGGAAGCUCUUCUACAUGGCUGGGUGUUUCUUUGUGGCAGCCCAGAAUCUGGAGCAGUGGGAGGAAGCUGUAUUUGAUAAAAACAAGGGAACAAUCUGCCUAAAAACAUUCAACCUCUACAAAAAAAUCCUGACCUUGUCAAAAGGAGGCAAUGAACAAGUGGUGGCCGUGCUGAGCGAGAUCCGCGAUGUGAACGUGGAGGAGGAGGCCGUGCGCUACUUCGGGAAGGGCCACCUGGUGGUGCUGCGCUUCGUCACCGGCUUCUCACACCCGCUCACCCAGAGCGCCGUGCUGGGCUGCAGAAGUGAUGUGGAAGCAGUUGCCAAACUCAUUACGAGUUUUCUGGAACUGGACAGAGUGGAGACCCCACAAGAUUUCUCCCAGAGCAGCGAAACAGAGGCAAGUGAUGCAGAUGAACCACAGGGUAAAUACUGAUAGUCAUUGUGAACUGAAGCAAGCAGAGGCUUUCACACAUCUGGAAAAUAUUCUGAUUGUUCUUCAGAACAAGAAACCCCUCACAACCUUGAUCUGGGCAUUUCUCAACGUGUGCAUUUACAAUGGGUGGAAUCUGUCUUAGGGCCCAUUGUUCAGUGCUAAACUGCUUCAAGACCCUGCAUGUGGACACUGCUGGCUUUUGAACUUUUGUCACCUCAUCAAACUUGUCUAGGAAUAGUUAUUUAUUAAUGAAUUGGUUUGAAAUAAUUGCUUUUCCAUUAAUGAAGAUACAGAUGUGAGCUUCUGCUUACUGCAAACAUUUGCUGCAGGUACAGUAUAUGCAAUGUAGAAGAGUUGAAUUUGUAACUCAAUACACAAAGCUUUGAGGUUUCCCCUUUAAUAUAUGCAAUUAGGAGAUGCAGAAUAGUGGCACUUUUAUGUUCUCUACUACUGACUUGCCACUGGAUAUCUGUGGCAAUUAAAGUCUGAGUGCCUCUCUUGGAAUUUUAAACAUCAGGGUAAUCAACUUGUAAAGGUGUCUUAACUUAUCUCAGACUCACCAAGGAGCCAUAAAUAGCAAAGGAAAAAGGAUCAUGAUGAAACUUCUUUGGGAUGCUCUACCUUAAUCCUGUUCUGUUUCACUUGUGGGCAGGACAGAGCAAUCUUUUUCUAGACCUCAAUGUUUACUAUUUAAACUGUGUAUUUAGAAAGGAAGCAGGGACAUGUUUAACUUUAGGUAGGGAAAGGGCUGAUGUCAAACAAGGUGGUAGCUUAGAGUUGUUGAGUAUUUCCUCACUUGAAAUGAUACCCAAGUGCUAAAUAAUAACUUUUUUUAAGGUAGGUAGCACAGACUAAAUGUCUGACUGUGUUUUACUCCAGCUGUGUGGUGUCCUCUGUUCUGACCAAUGGUUUCACAAAUAGUUCAAAUAUGCAUUUUUUCAAGGUAUUUCUGAAGUAAAAGCUACCUCUGUUAGUCAACAUAUUCUCUGUAGAGCUAGAACUGCUUCAUGCUUACAUUAACAUGUCAGUACAAGAAAGAAAUGUCAAAAGCUGCAAGUUCCUUCAGCAUGCUACAGCUGCUUGUACUGAAGGUCACUAGGUUUUAUUUAGGAAUCUUAUGGUCUUUAGACCUGGUUUAGAAAAUCUGUGCACAGUUACAUCUAGGAGAUGUGAACAGGUACGAGGUAACUGUGUUCUGUGCUUUCACAGUUGGCCAGCAGCAAAUGUCUCCUGGCAGCAGUUCCUUCAGAUUUGAAAGAGCCUGUGUUCUUGUUCCCAAUCACUCUACCUCUACAGAGAGAAGGCUCUGGAAAGCUUUUGGUGGAAGGCACAUCCUGUUGUGAGUUCAGUUUGGUGUGAAGCUGAGCACAGGUUUCCCUUCCAGCUGUCACACCCAGGCUGUGAGCAGAGGCUGGGGCUGUCAGGGGAAGGUGCUCACACUGCAGCAGGGCUGGUGGCUGUUGGUGUAGCUGCCUGCAGCACAGAACCAGGUCUGUUUCCUUUAAAUAAGGUAAAAAACUUGUAAUCAUGUCAGGUAUCAGCACAGAGCUCUGCUAGUACAUGUUCCUCAAAGUCCUCUGAGUUGUUGGGGUGAUCAUGGGGCUUUUGGUGCCUACCCCACACCACUGGAGCUGGGAAGCUGUAGUAUAUGAAUGUGGGAAAAUCAGGUUGCAAUUAGCUAAAUUUGCCUUUAUUCUCCAGCACAGCUGUAGGCUAAGCAUAAUCAUCAAACCUGUUUAAAAAAUACUGCAGGGUGUAACACUUAAUGUAGAGUUCCUCAUUUUAAUCCACUGUAAUGUACACCCUAGGUGAUGCUCAUUUUAGAGAGAGGAGGAUGAGAUUGGGGAGUUGGAGAACUCUUUUUCCCCACAGUGUAAAAUGAGAAUGGUGAGUGUUCUAAGGACUUCAGCAGGAAGUUCUGUCCUGUAUGUCAUGGUGCAGUGUAAGCACAAGGGCUCAGCCUGUGCCAGCUGCUGCUCUGUGCCAAGGAUAUUCAGAGGGCAUUGUGCUGUGCCCUGCACUUACUCUGAGCCCGUGGAGUGGACCAUGGAUAGCCCGGACCAAACUGCCCUCAGCCUCAGCUCUGCUGGCUUUCAUUUGGAUUCCCAUGACAGCUGACAUUCCAUGGAAGAUGUAAACCACACUGUAGAUCUCCAGUUAAAAAUCAGCUUUUGAGAGGUCCAUCUGUUGGUGUGACCCUGCACUGCAUCCUGUGUGUGUCUGCUGCUGAGCUGCAGUGCCUCCAGCUUGCUGUGCAUUCAUGGUGUUUGAUGCCUACACUGACAGACUAUGCAGUACCUUAGACAAAGAGACUAAAAACAAUGUCAGGAAAUUGAGACUAUAGAAAAGGGAAUGACCUAUAGUGAGGUACAAUGUAACUUGAAAUACAUCCUGUGGAGUGAUGUCUAUGUUGGGUUGGUGUCAGUGAUCACCUCUGCAGAGGUGUUCAGCAGUAUCCUCCUCACUCCUCAUUACCCUGCUGUGUUAGGCAGGGCAGGGAUGGCUGCACCAUGCACUGUGUGCCUAGGAGGA